AUGAUGGAUGGACCCGGAUUAGGAUACUCGUACCAUCUUCCAUCCGCAGGCUGGAAUCUCAAGGUCAGAAAUGCACUGUCGCAGUUUAGCGACUUGUUCAGCGAAUUUAACAAGUAUAUCGCGCCAGCAUAUCAUCAUGAUCGUUGCGAGAGAUCUGUGCAGAUGCGACUGUAUUCGAUGCACAAGAGGGAAUUCGUUAUGGUGUUUGUCGCCUUUUUCGCGUGUUUCGGAUUGGCAGUAUUCAUCGGCCUUGCCGGGCCGCCCAUAACGUCGACCAGCGAGCAGAAAGCGCAUCUGAAUGGCAGCGAGAUGGCUACCGGUCCGUUCAUCAUGAAGACCCCCCUGCUGUCCACGUACAGCCAGCAAUUAUGGGUAAUCGCCAAGCUAUCGACAUCGAAUAACGACGAUGAAAGAUACGACAAAGGAUUCCAAGUUAGCGUCUCCAUAGACGGUAUCACCGCUGAUCGCAAGCUCGUGUCCGUGUUACCGCCGGAAGCCGGACAUAAUCGAACUAGACAUUUAAAGUGCGAGAGACAAUCCUGCGAAGAAUUGGUCGUCGCUCAUCUCGGAUUCCUCGAUUACAGCUACUACAUAAUCACCGUUCGCUUUCACGGGCUCGAGAGCUUCCAUCAACGAUACACGAUACGGGAACUCACAUUCUACUUUAAGAACUACAAUCCGGCGUUCACGCAGAUCGAGAUCUGGUUCCGAUUGAUCUUCUUGCUGACCACGUUUGGAAUGAUGUGCUGGUUCGGCCAUUCGCUUAGAAAGUUUCCGUUGCACGAUUGGUCGAUAGAGCAAAAGUGGAUCUCCAUACUUCUUCCACUGCUGAUUUUGUACAACAAUCCGCUCUUUCCCAUGACGUUCCUGGUGAAUUCCUGGGUGCCCGGUAUGCUAGACGCGAUUCUACAAACCACCUUCCUGUGCGCCAUCCUCAUGUUUUGGCUUUGCGUCUAUCACGGUCUCAGACAGAAUGAGAGACGACUCAUCACGUUUUACCUGCCCAAGCUUCUAGUAGUAGGCAUGCUGUGGGGCGCGGCGUUGACCCUCGCUACGUGGCUUCGUUGUACCGAGCUGGAGGAUCCUACUUACAAUUACGUUCUGGACACGUCGAAUUAUUACGGCUUCAAGGUGUUCUUCUUCACGGUAGGCGGUUUCUACAUCGCAUAUCUGCUGCUUCUCAUAUUAAGGGCGUACAGCGAACUACGAUCCAUGCCGUACUUUGAUCUUCGCCUUCGAUUUCUGACGCUGCUCGCCGCGGUGGUUGCUGGCGUUUGCAGUUUGGUCACCGCCCGACAAUUCGGUGCCGGUGUGUUGGAGGAUAGUUUUGCGUCCCGCCUGUCCACUUACUAUCGCACAUCCGCGCAGUUUAUGGCUCUUUACGGUCUUCUCAAUUUCUACCUGUACACGAUGGCGUAUGUUUACGCGCCCGCACUCCAACAAGUCUACGGACAGCACUCCUCGAUAACGAAGGAUAAUCCUGCGCUAUCAAUGUUCAACGACUCGGAGGAGGAGGUCAUUUUUGGAUCCGAUGAGGACAGUCGGCGACCAUUGACCCGCAUCCCGCGAAACACGGAGGACAGCGACUGAGAGGGCCUUAAGAAAAAAGACUUUUAACACAUCCACGCAUUCGCGAAUUGCGAAUCGACGGACAGAAUCGUCAACCGAAGAAAUAAGAGACAACUUGUGAACAUUUCCAGUCUUCGCACUCGCAGUCGUACUGCCGUCAUCAAGAAGCUGUGAAAAGAAAAGUGAGUUCGAGUUGCGUUUAUAAAUAAUCGAAGAAUCAAGUGUUAAUUUGAGAUUUGAGGAACCUUGCCGCAUUUACGCAGAAUUCAAGGCAAAGAUGCGCAUAACUGUACAUAACUGUAUAAAUAUAAUAAUGUGAAUUUAUGUAUUGUAUAUCGCAUAUACGUAGAAAUAACAUGAAUACUAUCAGUCAGUUUUAGUUGCGUUUUUCUGCACUUUAUAACGCGGAAAGUCGAUGAACAAGAAAUAGGAGCCAAGAUAUUGCGUUAUGUUGAAUACUUAUAAGAAAUUACGAUAGUUUUUAUACGAGAUGUAUUUGAGUGCGUUUGGUAUGGCAAGUUUAAUACAAACUAGCUAUAGCAUGUAUGUAACAUUACUCUAAUGAAACGUUAUGUUUUGUUACACACAGGAUAAUAUACGUAAGAAAUAUAUGAGAGCACGCGCGUAUGAACACUACGUUAUAAAUGCGCAUUUUAUACUUGAAAGAUUACUACAUUUAAAAAGAUUUAAAAGAGAUGGUUUUAAGAGCUCGCGAUAUCAGAUUUAUUUUGACUUCAAUGAAAAUAUUAUAAACGUAUUGUAUAAAAAAUGUAAUUUUCAUAAUCGUUCUUUUGUUUUCGUUUACGACAAACAUGACGAUUUGCGAGAUAAACGAUUAUCCGUUUGCCGAAAGGCAUGAUAUUAUCUCCUCAAUUAAUAGCCAUUUGUUAUCACUGUUUGCAUGUCUAAACAACGCUUAUUAUAUAGCUAAUAAAAUAUUAUAU